AGAACAAGCUAAGCUACAAUUGUCACUUCAGUCGAAUCGUUGUACAUAUUAAACCAAACCGAAUUGACGAUGAGAAACUACGACUAUUUGUUCAAGAUACUCGUCCUGGGUGACUGCGGCGUGGGCAAGUCCUGCCUGCUGAUGCGUUUCUCGGAUGACCGAUUCACCGAAAAAUACGUGUGCACGGUGGGCAUAGAUUUCAGGGUGCGCAGCGUGGAGGUGACCGGUCGGAUGGUGAUGCUGCAGAUCUGGGACACCGCCGGCGACGAGCGCUUCAAGUCGCUGCUGCCGUCCUAUUAUCGCGGUGCCACUGGCAUAUUGCUCGUCUACGACAUAACGUCGUCCAAAAGUUUCCGAAGCAUCGAUGGCUGGCUGGAGGAGAUACACCGCAUGUGUCCGAAGACGGUGAACGUCCUGCUGGUGGGCAACAAAUGUGAUGAUCUGGAUAAUCGCCAGGUGCGCUUGGAGCAGGGGUUCAACUAUGCCAAUCUUCGGGCAAUCGGCUUUCAUGAGGUUUCCGCCAAGAGUGGCGCGAAUGUAAAUGACGUAUUCAGCACGUUGUCAGUUGGCAUAUACAAUCGUCUUGUGCUUUGCACCCCAAAUCGGUUGCCAGCUGGGCAGGAAGCGGAGGAGGACACUGAAGACCCACCAGAUGAACCAAUCAAAUUAGCUGGCAAAGAUCGGCAGGGGACCAAUGACAACAAUACCUGCUGUUAAGCAUCUAGACUUCAUUAGACGUUAUUAUAAUAUAAUAUAUUAUAAUAAUAUAUUAUAAUAUUUUGAAAUUUCUACAAUAUCUAC